CUCCCUUUCCGAUGCUGGGCAUGGAACCCAGGGCCUGACCUGUGCUAGCUUUAGUGCUCUACCACUGAGCUACCCCGCCACUAGCCCCAGAGUCUCCAGCUUCUUCUCUGCAGCCUUGAAAGCUGAACCUUCUCUCUCCUUUCAAGCUCCCCUGGUCACGCCACUUCCCAACUCAGACCCUCCAUCCCAUCAUCUCCCUAUUUACCUUUGUUGCCUAGGUUUCAAUUCUGGUACCCUGGUUCCUGGCCCUGCCAGAGUUCUGGUUCCGGAAGGCCUUUCCCAGGUGCCUUGGGCAUAGCUCCCACCCGGGUAYAAGGCAGCGCUAAAGAUAUGGGCAAGAGCAUCCCCGAGUACCUGGGGCAACUGGACAUCCGCAAAAGUAUAGUGGGCCUGGCCACAGGUGCCACAGCCAUCUACCUGCUCUACAAGGCCAUCAGGGCUGGCCUAAAAUGCCAGCCACCUCUCUGCUCCAAUUCGCCCAUCUGCAUCGCCCGUGAGUGUCCAGUCCCUGGGGAGAGGGCUCUGCCCCAGGAGGCACCUGCUUCUGAGGCCUCCCCUGUAGAAAGGCCCAAAGGCCUGGCCAUCGAGCGAGAGCGCCAUGGGCGGGACUCAGGUGAGCUCCGGAGACUCCUCAACUCUUUGGAGUGCAAGCACGAUGAGUACACCAGGAGCAUGAUCCUGCACAGCAUCACUCGCUGUGUGUACUUGCUGGAGGCUGAGGCCUCUGCUUGUACUAAUGAUGAUAUCAAGUUGGUGGCUGACAUGCUGGAAGACAAGGACACCAGUGUCAAAAUCCAAGCUCUGAACGCACUUAAAGCUUUUUCGGGCAUCCGGAAAUUCAGGCUUAAAAUCCAGGAACACUCCAUCAAAGUGCUAGAACUGGUCUCUACCAUCUGGGACUCGGAGCUUCACAUUUCUGGCCUCAGACUCCUCAACAACCUUCCGCUGCCUGACUAUGUGCAUCCCCAGCUGCGGCGGGUGAUGCCUGCCCUGAUGGAAAUCCUGCAGUCAGACUGCAACAUGGCACAGGUACAAGCCCUGCGACUGAUGAGCUACCUGGCACAGAAGAAUGACCUUCUCUAUGACAUUCUCAACUGCCAGGUGCACUCCGACUUCCUGAACCUGUUCCAGUCCACACAGCCAGGAAAUCUGCUGUUUGAGGUACUGGUGUUCGCUGAGCGGCUGAGUGAGGGCCGGAAUGCAUCCCACUACCGAGCUGUGAAAUGGCAUUACAAUGAACAGUCCCUGCAUGAAGCCCUCUUUGGGGACGAGUCACGACUGGCAGACCGGCUGCUUUCCCUGGUCAUCCACCCUGAGGAAGAGGUUCAGAUCCAGGCCUGCAAGGUCAUAGUCAGCCUGCAGUGUCCCCAGGACGUGGCAGCCCGGCCCUCCUCCUUUCAUCCCAGUCAUUCCUUCUCUAAAAGUGGGGAAUAAAAUUAAGGAGAGUCAAUAAAUGAGUAUGGGAGAGAA